CUCACUCAGUCACUUACUUACCUUACUCAUUCGGUCAAUCGUUCACUCAUGGCAUUCUCACUCACUCACCAUUGGAGGAUGCAUCUAAUGUCUAUUAUUGGGGAGCACUUGGAAUCUGGUAUCCUUAUCCGUAUACCGUACACCGUACGGCAAAUGAACAAGACGGGGGACUCGAAAAAAGGAGGACUGGCAGUGAGCGAUGCCGCCAGCCGAAACGUCAUUGAUGCCAAGCGCGGAAGCGAGAAAGAUGCCCGUUUGAGUAUCUCGGCUUCCUCUGCUUCCUCUUCUUGUCCUUCCACCCCGGUGGAUCAUGUCUCCUCUGCCAUCCCUCCCUCCCCUCUCCACCCUGUCCUGUCCUCAAUCCCGUUUGUAUUCACUCUCUCUGAGAUACUCCAGUCUCCGUACCGUGCAUCCCACUCCUAUUCCCACCCUCUCCCUCACCUACCUGUCUUGCCGUGUGCCCGCCUCAUCACCAACCACCACGUCCACCACUCACUUGACUCCUAUUCCUUUUCUCUCCACACGUCCUUCCAACCCUUCCGGUUCCUGUCGUUCCCUUUCUAAAACUUACCUUAAUCCUGCCCUGCCCCCCUAUUUCCAGACCCUUCUGAAUACAUUGCUGCAUCGGAUUUAGCUGACGCCUCGCAAAGCCCGCGAUCCGAAGUCUUGGGUUCAUUUACAGCCUGUUCCACUGAGCAAACGCCCCUGCCUUGUACCUCCCGCCUCUGUUAUCCGCCCCCCAUUACCACACACCUCACCUACCUCCAUCUAUCCAGGUCCCUGUUUUCUUUUAUUCUUUCUUCCUUCA